CUCUGAUUUUUUUUCUUCCAGAUGCAAAACAAACGUGGAAUCUGUCACAUAUUUUCAGAUUGUUCCUGCUAAUGUUUGCAGCUUACAGCAGAAUUAUUGCGGAGCUUCCUGAAAAAGUUAAAAAUGUUUCCUGUGCUUUUAUACUGAGUGAACAUUCAAUCCUCUGCACAUGGUACCUAGUGACUCCUGUAAAACUUGACACCAAAUAUUUUGCUGUUCUGCAGGACCACAGAAUGAAGAAAGAUUUUGAAGUUAAAAAUGGACAAAUAUUUGGUGUAAAAACUGGAAUCAUGGAAAUUCUAAACAUUACAAUAACAGCUAGGAACAAUGUGGGAAAAACAACCUCUGAUGUUCUAACAUUUCAUUCAUUUCCAUCAGUCAAGAUUGAUGCUCCUAAGAUUACUAGUGUCCGUGUAACUUCCAGUUCUUUGACAGUCGCCUGGCAAGUACAAGAAGGAAUCCAUUUUGAUUUAAGGUGCCAACUGAAAUACAGAAAAACCAACGUGCAGCAGUGGACACAGGUACCUCCUAUGGAAUCCCAAAGAGAAUCGAAUUACACAAUUAGAGAACUGGAGCCUUUCAACAAUUAUUCUGUUUCAGUUUCCUGCGUAGGAAUCUCACAGAUCUACUGGAGUGAAUGGGCAGAAGAGAAAACUGCAAAGACAUUAGAAGAUGCUCCAAGGAAAGCAGUGGAUGUCUGGCAGUUUACUGAAUCCUCAGAUGCGGCAGGAAGAAGAAGGGUGCAUCUUGUAUGGAAGGAACUGGACAGCUGCAGUGCUCAAGGUAACAUUCUGGGAUACAUUGUGAGGUGUAAAUCCAAAGAGCACUUCUGUGAAGAGAUUCAAGCCAAUUGCUGUAACACAUCAGUCAGCAUAACAGCGGAAUCUUACAUUUUUGAAGUAUUUGCUUACAACUCAGUUGGAAAUUCACCUGGUGCAACUCUGCAAAUCCCUGAAGAAAACUGGCAAGACAUUACCACUCUAAAAGAAGUAUGGGCUUUUCCAGAAAACCAGUCUUUCUGGGUUAAUUGGACAGCACCUGAUGAGUCUGCAGUAUCUGAAUAUGUGGUAGAAUGGUGUGUUGAUACUGAGCCCUGCACCAGAGACUGGCAACAUGUGAAGAACUCGACAGCAUCAUUUCUUCAAGCAAAAUUUCUUCCAUUUAAAUGUUACAACAUAUCAGUAUAUCCAAUUUAUGAGUCCAGAUCUGGGAAACCAAAGACAACUCAGGUGUAUCUUAAGGAAGCAGCUCCUAAAGAAGGUCCAAGCAUAAAAGAAACUGGUGUGACAAAAACAGAAGCUAUUAUUAAAUGGGAGCCAAUCAAGAAAGAGAAGCAGCAUGGCUUCAUCUUAUACUAUGCCAUAUCCUACAACGUUAGUGAACAGCGAUUCUUUAAAAUUCUGAAUGUCACAACGCUGGAAUACAAACUGCAUUCGUUGACGCCAGGCACAGAGUACAUCAUUAACGUAAAAGCUGUUAACAGCGCUGGAGAAUCUGGAAAUGUGGUGGUCCUGACCACUUUAUAUUUAUCUUUUACUGACAUAAUAGUCAUUGCCAUUUGUACAACAUUGAUUUUUUUGUGUAUGGGAACAUUCUGCAUUGCAAGACCAUCCAAGUUACAGAAGUACCUGUGGUCAUCAGUUCCAAAUCCAUCCAAAAGUAUCCUGGGAAAGUGGUUAGUAGAGUACCGACCAAAGAAAGAAGAACAUUGGAAUGUGUUGCCUCCUCAUCAUCACUGCCUUCAAAAUUGUGAGUUGAAUCUUGACACUCAGAAAUACACGAUGUCACCAAGCCAACCAAGUUUCACAGAUUUGUCUCUGGACUCUCAAUGUGACCAUCCCAUGUUAUUAUUGCCGAAUACGACAAGUCACACAAAGCACCUUUCUCCUAAUACUUCUUUCGCUCAGCAGAUUUUAUUAACCAGUGAUUAUUUAGUUGAGAGCAACAUUUCAGUGCUUCACGACUGCACUGAUGUGAGCUCUCGUGUCUUGGUGGACUCAAGACAUGGAAUCCAUGCUGCACAAAAUAAAGAUGAAAAUGGGUUAAUUGACUUUGCAAAAUCUUUCCAAGACACAGAAGUCCUGCAGACUUAUUUAACCCUAAAUCAAAUCUCAAUUGAUGCUACUCCAGAAAGAACAACAAAGACCAUGCCGAGAGAAGCAGAAAUUUUGUAUGUUCAGUUGCCAGUAGAGGAGCCCCAACAAGGCUUUCACUUUGAUUUGGCAAACUAAUCACUAAAUGACUUGCAUGUGACUACAGAAAUUCAAGUUGAUGAACAUGUCACACUUAAUGAAUGCGGUUACUGGAUCUUGUUAACUUGAGGAUGUCAGGUUACACAAUUGGAUCACAAGGGAAUGAAAAUGACAUGACACUCUCAUGGCUGCACAAACUUCCAAAGUAUUAUGGACUCUCCACAUUUUGAUGGCCAAUUCAUUUGUUGCCUGACAGUGCCGGUGACUGAAUGGAUGUUUUUCCUGUAUGGCGAGUUCAGCAGCAGCCAUUUUUUUGUGGUACAAUAAAUGUGAGACAUCAGACAGACAAGCCUCUCUUCUGUUUGUGUGGUCCAAACACCUGCUGUCUGUCUUUCCUUCCAGCUGUGAUGCGUAUGCAUUGUACUUCUGGCUCAUUAGAUGUCAGUUCUUGCACAAACAGAUGACUUUAAGACAAAAUCUUGGCUCACUGCAGAUUGCUAUAACUGACUCGCUGGAGAUAUCAAACUGCAUGAUUUUUGGUCGCAGGCACAUGCCAUGACUGUCCAUAUAAAUGAAUGAAAAAGUGUAGGAAAAGACGUGAUGCUGUAAUAAGUGUAUAUGUUUAAUAUGUCACUGUGCUCUGUACAAAUCCUCUUUAAUAAAAUCCC